AUGAGGGUGCUCUGUGCCUUCCCUGAAGCCAUGCCCUCCAGCAACUCCCGCCCCCCUGCGUGCCUAGCCCCGGUGGCUUUCUUCUUGGCUCUGUUGCUCCAUCUCUCCCUUUCCUCCCAAGUUGGAGACAGGAGACCCUUGCCUGUAGACAGAGCUCCAGGUUUGAAGGAAAAGACUCUGAUUCUACUUGAUGUGAGCACCAAGAACCCAGUCAGGACAGUCAAUGAGAACUUCCUCUCUCUGCAGCUGGAUCCGUCCAUCAUUCAUGAUGGCUGGCUCGAUUUCUUAAGCUCCAGGCGUCUGGUGACCCUUGCUCGGGGACUUUCGCCCGCCUUUCUGCGCUUCGGGGGCAGACGGACCGACUUCCUGCAGUUCCAGAACCUGAGGAACCCGGCGAAAAGCCGCGGGGGCCCCGGUCCGGAUUACUAUCUCAAAAACUAUGAGGAUGACAUUGUUCGAAGUGAUGUUGCCCUGGAUAAACAGAAAGGCUGCAAGAUUGCUCAGCACCCUGAUGUUAUGCUGGAGCUCCAACGGGAGAAGGCAGCUCAGAUGCAUCUUGUUCUUCUAAAGGAGCAAUUCUCUAAUACUUACAGUAAUCUCAUAUUAACAGCCAGGUCUCUAGACAAACUUUAUAAUUUUGCUGAUUGCUCUGGACUCCACCUGAUAUUUGCACUAAAUGCACUGCGUCGUAAUCCCAAUAACUCCUGGAACAGUUCUAGUGCCCUGAGUCUGUUGAAGUACAGUGCCAGCAAAAAGUACAACAUUUCUUGGGAACUGGGAAAUGAGCCAAAUAACUAUCGAACCAUGCAUGGCCGGGCGGUAAAUGGCAGCCAGUUGGGAAAGGAUUACAUCCAGCUGAAGAGCCUGUUGCAACCCAUCCGGAUUUACUCCAGAGCCAGCUUGUACGGUCCUAAUAUUGGGAGACCCAGGAAGAACGUCAUCGCCCUCCUAGAUGGAUUCAUGAAGGUGGCAGGAAGCACAGUGGAUGCAGUUACCUGGCAACAUUGCUACAUUGAUGGCCGGGUGGUCAAGGUGAUGGACUUCCUGAAAACUCGCCUGUUAGACACACUCUCUGACCAGAUUAGGAAAAUUCAGAAAGUGGUUAAUACAUAUACCCCAGGAAAGAAGAUUUGGCUUGAAGGUGUGGUGACCACCUCUGCUGGAGGCACAAACAAUCUAUCAGAUUCCUAUGCUGCAGGAUUCUUAUGGUUGAACACUUUAGGAAUGCUGGCCAAUCAGGGCAUUGAUGUUGUGAUACGACACUCAUUUUUUGACCAUGGAUACAAUCACCUCGUGGACCAGAAUUUCAACCCAUUGCCAGACUACUGGCUCUCUCUCCUUUACAAGCGCCUGAUCGGCCCCAAAGUCUUGGCUGUGCAUGUGGCCGGGCUCCAACGGAAGCCACGGCCAGGCCGAGUGAUCCGGGACAAACUAAGGAUUUAUGCACACUGCACAAACCACCGCAACCACAACUACGUUCGAGGGUCCAUUACACUCUUUAUCAUCAACCUGCACCGGUCAAGAAAGAAAAUCAAACUGGCGGGGACUCUCAGGGAUAAGCUCGUGCACCAGUAUCUGCUGCAGCCCUAUGGACAGGAGGGCCUCAAGUCCAAGUCAGUGCAGCUGAACGGCCAGCCCUUGGUGAUGGUGGACGAUGGGACCCUCCCUGAACUGAAGCCCCGCCCCCUGCGGGCCGGCCGGACAUUGGUCAUCCCUCCAGUCACCAUGGGCUUUUAUGUGGUCAAGAAUGUCAACGCUUUGGCCUGUCGCUACCGAUAAGCCACCCUCACACCCACAAGUCACCAGCAGGCCUGCUGGACUGCUUUUCACUCUCCUGCCCUAAUAGUAUCCUGAUUUUUCAGACAUCUUCUUAGCAACAAACCAGUCUCUGCUGCUCCAUCCUGCUGGCAUCAGGACUUGCUCUCCAAAGAGACAAAUGCCAUAGCAUGAGCUUCGCCUAGGUAGGCCACAUCCACCCCAAAGGAAAAUGUAGACAUCCCCUCUAGCUAUAUAAGGAUGAAGGUAUGUUUGUAGAGCUGCAUGUAUCCGUGUGCACGCACCAUGAAAAGAAGCUGGCAGCGCACUCCCAGGACAGAUGAAAGAGCUCUCCAUGAUCCGGGUCACGGAGCAAUGUCACCACGGACCUCAACCUGUGACCGCUGCCCUCGGCACAAGGCGAGGAAGGGAACCACCAGGUGGGCCUUCAGGAGCCCAGCCCUAUUCUAACCCCUCUCCUUGUCUGUCCCCCGCUGUUGCCCUGGGUUUCCUAUCACCUCUCUUCUCCCUGGGGAGCAAGCGAGGGGGUCGGCGCCUGCCUGCUGGGUGAGCUGUUUAUGUCAUUUCCUGGCUGAUGUAUGAGUGCGCGCAUCUGGGUUUCUGACAGUGGCAUCAAUCACUGACUAUUCCUCCGGGAAACGGGUGCUUCAAAAGUAAAAUUGCAAUCAUACUCCAGAUUUUGUAAGAGGGUUCUAUUCCUCCGUGAAUCCAGAUUCCUCUCGGGUUGGAAUGGGAGUCAGGUAACAAUAUUCAUGGGGUGGAGAACAAUGUAUUAGGCACCACAAAAAGUAAUCAUCAUCCGUCAUGUGGCUGGGAGGGAGAGAGUUUCAGCACAAAGAGAAAGCACACUGAGCCACCAAACGGAGACACACACACACACACACACACACACACACACACACACACACACAACUGAAUAAGCAAAUAAUCAGACCUGCAUCAAAUCUGAAGGAAUCUUAAGGGCUUGUAGGUCAAGCCCUUAAUGGUUUGUUUGACCAAAACCAUUAAAAAAAAGGUGUAAAUCCACGCCAUCAGUGUAAGACACAACUGAAGCUCACCGUUUCGCUUCUUCCCCAGGAGCUGGGUGCCUUAAAUGCCAUUUACUAGGCGGAAAUCUAACCCGGUCCUGAAAGUCGACCAGGUCUGCACUAUCCCAGACCAGCCAGUGUGAGCCCAGAACAAAGCUUUCCGAGCACUCCCUGGGGAGAGGGGAAAUCUGGAAACUUGAGGUCUGAUGGGGGAACUGUGGGGUGGUGGGUGGGAAGCCCCUGAGCCGGGCAGGGAGAAGUGGACUGAUUUAAAGGUCACGAUCAACCUGUAGGAUUCAAGGGGCAAGAUGCAAAUAAGCUGCCACUGAAAUAACUUUCCUGUGGGUUUGAUUUUCUUUCUCAGGAUAAAGGACACGAAUGGCAGGGGCUAAGGACAGGGCCGGGUCUGAGGUGAGACACGGGAGGAAGUCUGGGAGACUCAGCACGGAGAACAGGGAACGGGGAGUUGGGGAGAGGGAAGCCAACAGGCUCGCUCUAUGCUUGAGGAAGAGAGUGGGCUCGGUUUUGCCAUGUUGGUCAUCGGGUCUGGAGGUGUGUGCUACGGCCAGCAAAAAGGGGGGGGUGCGCAAGGAAUGGGCGGGACCUGGUCAGUGGGCAUGCUCAGCCUGGAGGCCGAUGGAGAGAGGGCCAUGGACUCCGGCACCGCCACGUUCAAGGCUACCCAGGCAGCCUCCUUGGGAAGCCGACAUCUCCUGGUAAAGCCUCAGCCCUGCGAGGGGAGGAGCAAGAAGUGCCCAGACUGGGGUAGAAAGCAGGGAAAGAAGUGGCGGAUGACAGCCCAAGUGAGGAAGAGAGAGGAAAAGAGAGACAAAGAAGUUGUCUCCCCAAACUUUAAAAAAUUUGUGCAGAUAGCAAAAUCUCCUCUCUACACAGGUGCAGGCAGAGCUGCAGGCCCCCGAUGAGAACACAAGUAAGCAGCGGUCCCCGCGGGCCUGGCCCUGGCCAGUUUGCUUCGUGUACGUAGUAGCCCCAUGAAGGAGUCACUGGUUUUACCCCUGCCUUCCUAUGAGGCGUGGAGAAGGUUCAUAGCUUGCCCAGCGCCACCCAGGGCAGUGGGUGGCUGAGCGCAGAAUUAUCCAGUGUCUGUCCCUUUAACCACCAAGCCCAAUGGGUGCCCACUUCACAGCCUCACCCCCUUACCUGCUACUUCAGUGAGGCCAAACCUUCAGAGCUCAAGUCAAGCACACUUUCUGUAAAUAAGAGUUGAUUCUUCACUAAGCUUCCAAGCCUACAGAAAAUAGGCCGUUUCUGCUUCUUUUAUCUUUCUCCGUGUAUUAAAUGGCUUAAGUUUU